AUGUUUGAUCUUAAGACGAUUCUCGACCAUCCUAAUAUUCCGUGGAAAUUAAUCAUUUCUGGGUUCUCGAUUGCCCAAUUUUCUUUCGAAUCUUACUUGACGUACAGACAGUACCAAAAACUAUCUGAAACAAAGUUACCACCCGUGCUGGAAGAUGAAAUCGACGACGAAACGUUUCAUAAAUCCAGAAACUACUCCCGGGCCAAGGCAAAGUUCUCCAUUUUCAGCGACGUCUACAACCUGGCCCAAAAACUAGUCUUCAUCAAAUACGAUUUCUUCCCUAAAAUCUGGCACAUGGCCGUUACUUUAUCAAAUGCGGUCCUGCCAGUUAGAUUUCAUAUAAUUUCCACUGUCGCACAGAGUUUGUGUUUCUUGGGUCUCUUAUCCAGUUUGUCUACCUUAGUUGAUUUGCCACUUUCUUACUAUAGUCAUUUUGUCCUGGAAGAAAAUUUUGGUUUCAAUAAAUUGACCGUCAAAUUAUGGAUCACUGAUAUGGUCAAGAGCCUGACUUUGGCCUAUGCUAUUGGUGGCCCCAUCCUUUACCUGUUCCUAAAGAUCUUUGACAAGUUCCCUACCGAUUUCCUUUGGUACAUUAUGGUCUUCCUGUUCGUUGUCCAAAUCUUAGCCAUGACAAUCAUCCCUGUCUUUAUCAUGCCUCUGUUUAAUAAAUUCACUCCCUUGGAAGACGGCGAACUGAAAAAAUCCAUUGAAAGUUUGGCCGAUAGAGUUGGGUUCCCUCUAGAUAAAAUUUUUGUCAUUGAUGGCUCGAAAAGAUCUUCUCAUUCAAACGCAUAUUUUACAGGUUUACCAUUCACCACUAAGAGAAUUGUUUUAUUCGACACUUUAGUGAACAGUAAUUCCACUGAUGAAAUUACAGCUGUUUUGGCUCAUGAAAUCGGUCACUGGCAAAAAAACCACAUCGUUAAUAUGGUCAUCUUUAGCCAAUUGCACACUUUCCUGAUUUUCUCCCUUUUCACCAGCAUCUACAGAAAUGCAUCAUUCUACAACACCUUCGGCUUUUUCUUGGAGAAGUCUACUGGCGGUUUUAUUGAUCCGGUCAUCACCAAAGAAUUCCCCAUUAUCAUUGGAUUUAUGUUAUUUAACGACUUAUUGACUCCACUCGAAUGUGCCAUGCAAUUCGUGAUGAGUUUAAUUUCCAGAACUCAUGAAUAUCAAGCUGAUGCUUAUGCCAAAAAAUUGGGCUACACACAAAAUCUAUGUAGGGCGCUAAUUGAUCUACAAAUCAAAAAUCUUUCUACCAUGAAUGUAGAUCCUCUGUACUCUAGUUACCAUUACUCUCAUCCAACUUUAGCUGAAAGAUUAACCGCUCUGGAUUAUGUUAGUGAAAAGAAAAAAAACUAA